AUGGCUUUUGGGUUUGCAGAGAUGGAGAUGGCUGUGAUGGUUCUGUUUCAGAGAUGGUUCAGUUUGCUGGAGGAGAUGGCAAAGGGCUUCUUCGAUGGCAACGACAAAGGAAUUCUUCAAUGGUUCUGCGAUGGAGGUUGGUGUAAAUGGGAUGGGGUGUGCGAUGGGGUGUGUCUGCAAGAGGAGAGAAUUUUCGGAGGGGUGUGGCUGGAUAUCAGAUGGGUGGGGUUUGAUUUCAGAUGGGGUGUGGCUGAAAGGGAAGGGGGUUUUCGGUGGGUAGUUAAGGAAUGGGGUUUAUGA